AUGACCAAUACAACUACUACUACCUCCACACCCAUCAAUCCACCAUUAGGCCAACCCAAAGAACAAGAUGAAUCAAGAACUUCACCACCUGAAUCAGGAAAAAGAAACAAUCAUUCAAGUUCCACAUCCUUACCACAUGCUCUUCGUGAAUUCAAAUCCAUUUUUGGAGAGACCAAUGUCAUGGAUGAUGAAACAUUCAUUCAGAGUGAAAUGAUCGAUUGUUCAGGCAAUACGAGACAUGUUCCUGCCAUUCUCUAUCCAAAUAGUGUGGAACAAAUUUCAAAUAUAGUUCGAGUGGCCAAUGCAUUCAAAAUUAAUCUCUAUCCAGUUAGUACAGGUCAUAAUUGGGGCUAUGGAUCGAGUAAUCCCAUCGAACACGAUUGUGUGGUUGUGAAUUUAUCAAAAAUGACACAAAUUGAAUUCCAUGAUGAAGAGACAGGUCUUGUCACUGUGGAGCCAGGAGUGACACAAGGUCUUUUACAUGAAUAUUUGGUGAAAAGGAAUUUACCAUUUCUAGUUCCAACCACUGGUGGAGGCCCAAAUUGUAGUUUAUUAGGAAAUGCAUUGGAGAGAGGAUUUGGUGUGACUCCUCAUGCCGAUCACUUUGCUGCUGUCAUGUCCAUGGAAGUCGUUUUACCCAAAAAUGGUGAAAUUUAUACUUCCAUGCUUGAGAAUAUGGGUGGAUCGAAACGAGUGGAAAGAUCCUUCAAGUGGGGUGUUGGACCCUAUGUGGAUGGUCUCUUUACUCAAAGCAAUUUGGGUAUUGUGACGAAAAUGACAAUUCUUUUAGCACCAAAACCAGAGAGAAUUGAAACUUUCUUUUUUGGUGUUUCGGAAUUGCAAGUUGGAGUUGAGGGAGUGAAAACUGUAUUGAAACAAUUAGGAUCCAACAUUGGAGCGAUUAAUUUAAUGAAUCAGAGACGAAUGAUGUCCAUGGCAGUUCCCUAUCCGAGAGAGAAGGUCACCACGAAUGGAAUUUUACCUCCACAGGUAGUCGAUGAAAUUUCCAGACAAUACAAUUUUCUAAAAUGGAAUGGAGUGGGUACCAUUUAUGGCACCUCCAAAGUAGUCUCUGCAGUGAAGAGUGAAAUCAAAAAGUAUCUCCUCAAACAACAACACCACCACCACCUCAACCACCCUCCAAUUCAACGCUUAAUCUUUUUAACCCCAGAAGAAGUGAACUUUUAUUCAGAACUUGUUCAGUUCGUGCCAUUCCUCCAUCAGCAUCGCAUUCAUCAUUAUUUGAAAACCCUCAACAAGUCCAUGAAAGUCAUGAAGGGAGAACCAAGUGAAAUUGCACUUCCAUUGGCCUAUUGGAAAUUGAAAAAUGGUUUACCAUCAUCACCUUCAUCUGUUGCACUCCCCAACAAUCAUCACACUAAUCACAACUCUGAGGAAUUCAAAAGAAGUGGUCCUAAUGCUUGUACUUCUCUUCUUCAUCCUGCCAAAGAUGGAUGUGGUUUAAUUUGGUAUGCUCCACUUGUACCACUCACCACGUAUGAUACCAAUCGCUUUGUGGCAAUGGUUGAAGAAGUGUGCAUGAAACAUGGUAUUGAACCUUUGAUUACAUUCACAAGUUUUUCAGAUCGAUGUGCAGAUGGAACUGUUCCAAUUUUGUUUGAUAAGGAAACUCAAUUAGAAAGUGCUCAUGCUUGUUUGAAAGAACUCACUGCAAGAGGAAGGGAAAUGGGAUACGUUCCAUAUCGAUUGGGAAUUCAUUCCAUGUCUGAAAUUACUCAAAGAGAUGCAGUUCCUUCCAUUUUAAAGGACAUUAAAAGAGUGGUGGAUCCAAAUGGAAUCCUUGCUCCAGGAAGAUAUGGAUUGUAUUAA